AUGGUAUCAAUAUUAGGUUCUCAAAGUGUUUUAGUAGUUUCUCAAGAUGACAAAGCAAGAAUACCUCUUAAUUUGGCCACAGCUAAUAAACAAGUACCAAUUUUGAUAAGACUGGAAUAUCGAAUGGAACUUCUGGAUUAUGACUGGGUUGUUGCAGAAAAACAUAAAUUAAUUCCUUCAGUUUAUGCAAUAUUAAAUAUAGAAAAUGGUAAAUAUAAAAAUGCUAAAACAGUAACAUAUUCAGGUUCAACAUUUAUAAGAAUUUGUAGUGAAAAACAUGAUACUAGUAUGGCUUAUUCUUAUGGUAAAGAUUUUGAUACUCUUAUGAUUAAAAAGCAAUUAUAUAAUUAUACUAAAACGACAGAUAGACAAUUUAAACCAAUAAUAGUAUUAUUAACUGAUGACAGUCCUAACAAAAAUUUAUAUGACAAGAAAACAAUUCAAGUGAUGAUUGAUCAUUUUAUUAAAUAUGAUUUUGAUACUAUUAUUACAGUAUAUUUCACACCACAUCAAAGUGCAUCUAAUCCAGUUGAAAGACGAAUGGCACCUUUAAGUCACAAUUUGGCUG